UUCCUUUUUCUUCUUCUUCUUCUGUUUCCUCCAGCUGUCCUUGUGCGAUUCUUGACCAGACGCUUUAUUGGUGAAUACGCCUCGAAUGCAAACUCUUUGUACCAUAAGAGGUUGUCGAUCGACGGCAGGCAGUUGAACCUCGAAGUGUUUGACCCCUGCUCUCAGCAGAGCUCCGAGGCCCGGUGCAUCCUGGAGGAGCCAGUGGACUGGGCCGACGGCUUCGUGGUGGUGUACAACAUCAGUGACCGCUCUUCCUUCAUCAACGCCAAAAGCAUCCUGUGCCAGAUCCGGGAGGCUCGCACCGACAGCUGCAAAGGGGACUCGGACGUUCCCGUGUGCCUGGUGGGUAACAAGCAGGACCUGUGCCACGUCCGGCAGGUACGAGAGGACGAAGGCCGCAGCCUGGCGCAGGAAACCCGCUGCCACUUCCAGGAGGUGUCGGCGGCGGAGAGCUACCAGGACAUCGCUGGCCUCUUCACCCGGCUCAUCCGGCAGGUGAUGGAGCACCUGAAGUACCGAGCCGACCGCCGGCGCUACAGCGGCUCCAAGUCCAUGGCCAAGCUCAUCAACAACGUGUUUGGCAAGAGGAGGAAAUCAGUGUGACGGUCCCAGCUGCAGUAUGACCUGAAAACAAAGUCAAGCUGGGUGAACUGGGAGGUUGCUUCUUUUUUUUCUUCUUCUUCUUUUCCAACAAAGUCAUAGUCGAGGCAAGCAGCAAAGCUUCGUAUUUGUUCAGUACCGUUGAAACGUACUCUUGAACAUUUCCACUUGUCACGACUUUAAUCUACUUUCUUGGGAUUAAACAACAUUAGACACACAAAGUGGUGCAUAACUGUAAAAUGAAGCUUGGUUUAUGAAUAGUUUUUGCAAAUGAAACAUCCUCUUUGGCCAAACUUAGGUCUAGUCAAAGUAUUUUAAAUAGGAUUUAGCUUUGGACAUUGACUAGGAACACCUGAAUAUGCUUUGAUCUAAAGCAAAACAGCAGCUGCAUUUCCAUUACAAAUGUUGACAUUUCUGGUUUUUUGCUAAUGUUGAAAAAACUAUUUUACAGUUGCAUUUUUUUCCGUCGCAUAAAAAACGCAAUUAAAAUAACAUGUGAAUAAUUAUGUUCACGAGAUAAGUCAAUUAAAACACAUGCCACGUCAACAUCCUGCUACCACUUCCUGUUGUCUUCUUCCUCUUUUCUGCAGUGGUAUAAUUCGGUUGUUAAUCACAUUUUGAUACAGCCAAAAACUUUUCAUAGCACAAAAACGUUUUAUUAAGGUUUUGUCCUGUUUCCGUUAAGCGGAUUCAUGUUCGUAAUUCCAAUUUGCACAAUUUUAUGGUCACUAGUGUUGCACAAUGUAGAUGAUGUGUUAGUUCUCAGACAUACAUUGAAGCCAAAAAGUUAAACUUUGGUCUCGUCUGACCAGAGCGUUUUUGAACAUUUCCUUUCUCAUUUUACAGCCUACAUUUACAGAGCGUAUGAUCCCUGUAUCUCCUCCAGAGUUAGAAUAAUUGAACCUGGGGAAAGAUUAAAUUACAAGCAGGAGAGCUCUGUGUACCACUUAGGUGACUCCUGAUGGCGGUUGAUUGUAUGGCCCCCUAGCAAGUUGCCUUAAGUAAAAAAAAAUACUUACAAAUGUAGUUUAGAAAACAAUCCUGCAAUAAGCACUUUUUCUGCCCCAAGUUUUCUUGUUGUGAAUCCAGCUAUUGUGUCUAUCUUAAACUGCUUUUUCCAAAAAUCAAACUGAUACUUGGAGAGAAGAAACAAACACCUGCACACAUAAAACAUGCAUGUGCACAGGGUGUUCAUCAAACAACCAGAGGUUUAUUGAUUAGGUCCUGAAGGAUCUACAGAGCAGAUGGUUGCAGAAAAAGAGGCAAUAACUCAAACAUUUCCUUUCUCAAAUUGAAAUGCUUCAAUUUGCUUUUCUUUUUGUUUGGUUUUUUUCACUCAGAACACAGUUCUUGUUGUAGCUUGAGGCAGUUUUACAACACGACAACACGUAUGAUAAAUGAUUAGUGGUUCAAAAGCCAAUAAUAGAAAAAUGUCCAAGUCUGGCCAACUCUUAAAUUAUGGUUUUGCUCCAGAUAGGAUGGAGACGACAGCCAGCUAACACUGCAGCUUGCCAAAUGUAAAAAAACCCUCUAAGUUCAAAGCCAUUGUGCGCUGCUGGCUGCUGUCCUGUAUUAUAACUUUUCUUCUGGUAUAGCAGGGCAUUUCCUGCAUGGUUUCCCUGUACUAACCUUUUUUCUUUUGUAACUUUUCUUAAAGUGAAUAUUCAGAUUUUGGCUGAAACCUGAGCAAAAUUUAAAGACAAGAGUCUCAGUGUGAGAUUGUACAUAUUUCCUGUCUGGAUUAAACUUUUGAGAUGCUAGUAGAGAACACCUCGUCAUUUAGCAACUUUAGCAACGCUGUGAACUGUUAGCUAAGUGUCGCUAUGGGAGGGAGUGACGGGGAGAAACAGCUGGUUUUGAUGUAUUUUACUGAAAAAUAUAUAUGAUGUACAUCAUGUAAAGGGUUAUAAACACACUUUCAUUGUAAUGCUACUCCUGGAAAGCUGUAGUGUUGACUGAAUGAAGGAUUUGGGUAAAAUAUGUUUUAUGUUGUCAUGUGUUCUUUAGUGAUUCAUUCCUCGAUGCAGCAGUACCAAAUGAAAUCUUUUACUGAAUAAAAUUGAACUCAAUGUUCAUGUAGAAAUAUA